UGUUGAUGCCGCCGCGCUCUCUCCAUCCUCCGCACCACUCCUCUGCACCGCCAGCACACCUCCCGCCGUUGGUAAUACGCCGCCGUCACGCCUGCAGCGCCCGCGCCUCUGCUCGCUGGGCCUUUGCUUGGACGCUUCCCGCCGCACAGCAUUGGGCUGGCGACGUCCUCCUCCGGCCCUCGAGCCCAGCACCCCGCCAGCUGCCAGCGACCCCCACUGCGUGCCAUGCAGGCCCUGGCCCUUGACGAGCGGGACGUUUCUUUUUUGAGACCGAUCGGCUAUCAGGCGGAGGAUUGCGGAUAUUGCAAGGACGCACCCUCUGGCCGGAGGACCAAACAGUCUCGCGCUUGCUACUAUGCGUUGUCAAAGAAAUUGACAGUCGACGACUAUCAGGAGCUAGUCGAUCGAGGUUGGAGACGAUCUGGCACUACUCUCUACAAACCUGACGUUCGACGGCACUGCUGCCCGCACUACACUAUCCGAUUGCCAGCAUCAUCAUUCAAAGCUACGAGAGAUCAGAGACAGGCAGUGAAUCGAUGGAACAAAUACGUUCUCGGUGAAGACUAUAUCAAGGAGGCAGCGAAGAAGUACCCUAAGACUAAGGAGGAGAAGGCUCGCCAGAAGAAUGGAUUCGAUCUCUUAUCUACCAUCCACGAGGCCGAGAGCACAGUCAUCAAGAGCCCACCAGAACCUGCUCACAAAUUUGAAGUGACUCUGGAGCCCGACUCGUUCAGCAAGGAGAAGUACUUGCUCUUCAAGAACUACCAGAUCAAUGUCCAUCAUGAGAAGCCAUCCGAAGUAACCGAGAAAGGUUUCAAGCGAUUCCUUUGCGACUCGCCUCUCCAGAGAACCACUCGACGUCUACUUGAAGGUUCCGAGGAACAGCCGCUAGGGUCCUAUCACCAAUGUUACCGCCUGGACGGACGAUUGAUUGCCAUGGGUGUACUAGACCUGCUUCCCCAUUGUGUGAGCGGCGUUUACUUUGUCUACCACUCAGACUUCGAGCAAUGGAGUUUCGGGAAACUGAGCGCCCUUCGCGAAGCCGCGCUUGCGCUUGAAGCGGGAUACAAGUACUACUAUAUGGGCUACUAUAUCCACGAUUGCGUCAAGAUGCGUUAUAAAGGCCAUUACAAACCCCAGCACGUCUUGGAUCCGGAGACGUAUGAAUGGGUCCCUCUCGAUGGGGAGUUUGCUAGUCUGCUAGACCAGAAGUCGUAUGUAUCGCUGGCUCAGAAAAAGGGACUGAAGAAGGAGACGCCCGAAGCAGAAGCUGAAAAGCUAGACGAAGAUGCAGAUCCGUUUCCUCUGCCUCUCCCCGCGGAUGCCGCUGCCGCAGUCGCUGCCGGGACGUCUCUGUUCGACCUCAAGGUCCCAGGACUGAUGACGGAGGAAGAGAUCGCCGAAACAGUCGACCUUGACAAGAUUUCGCUUCAAGUGCAACGGCGUAUUAUUCCGAUGGGGGUAUGUACUCCCUCAUCAUCUACGGCUUCACCCUUGGCACAGAAGAAAGAGCUAAUACGUGUCGUAGUUUCUUGAUUCUGAUAAUAUUCAUGUGUCACGCGAUGAAGAUAAUGCGCAAACAUUGAGAGAACUAGUCGCC